AUGUUAAAUGGAGGACAUUUAUUUCCAAAUUUGUAUAUAAGUAAGAAAGUUUGGUUUCAACAAGGUGCAAAAUUAUUUGGUCAAUCUCAUAAAAUUAAUUUUUGUCAAAAAUUAUCAGAAAAUAUUUCUGAUUUUAAAACUGACAUGUUAAUACAUUCUAAAAAUGGAAAGGAUAUUAAAUUAAUUGAUUUUGGAAUUGUUAUUAAUAUUCAAGAUAAAUUAUUAAAUAACAUGUUAAUUUUACAAAAAGAUUUAUCUAAAUAUAUUAAUUUAAAUAUUCAAUUACAACAAUCAAAUCAACCUUUAUCAAUUCAAGAUCCAAAUAUGUUUAAUUUAUUUUUAGAUGAUGAAAAUGAUGAAAAUGAUAAUUUAUCAUCUUCUUCAUCAUCAGCAACAACAACAACAGCAACAACAGGAGCAACAACAAUAGCAGGAGUAACAACAGGAAAUAAUGAAAAUGAAAAUUAUAAUAUUGAUUCAUCAAUUUCCUUAUCAAGUAAAGUAUUUGGAUUUGGUAAAUCAAUGUUUAAAACAAUAUCAAAUACUAUAAAAGGAAAUGCUAAAGAAGAAACAUCAGAAAGACCAUAUGUACCAUGGUUAAUACAAGUAUUUAAUAAUAUUCAUUUUAUUGAUGAUUGGAUUACAAUUUAUGAAGAUUUAUUAAAAGAAUUUUCAUCAACAAGUAAAAUUAGAGAAAUUGAAGAAUUAAAAUUAAUUUUAGAAAGAUUUGAAAGAAUUUCAUUAAUUUUACAUACAACUUUAUGUAAUUUUGUUUUACAAGAUUUACAAAUUUUACUUGAAAGAUUUAUUUUAAAAUCAAGAGAUUCACUUUCUAAAUUAUUUGUACAGAAAAAUGUUCCAAUUUUGUAA